GCACCGGAAAUGCACCAAUCACAACUUCCACCCAUGUGUGCGGCAGAAGCAGGGUGAGAAGACACUUACCACUUAGAAUCCCAGGAUUUUACAUCAAAUGAAUCACGAGGCAACAUCCCACGUUUGAGAGUUUUUUUAGUGGACGUGGUUGUUUCGUAGGAGCCAUGGCGGAGGUGGUGCAGCGUCGGAUAGAGGAGCGCAUCCCUGAACUGGAGCAGCUGGAGAGAGUGGGGCUUUUCACCAAGAAAGAAGUCAAGUCAAUAAUUAAAAGGGCAACAGCCUUGGAAUAUAAGCUCCACAGGCUGAUCGUAAACAAAGAGGACUUCAUUGCCUACAUCCAGUAUGAAAUUAACGUUUUGGAGCUUAUCAAGAAGAGGAGAGUUCAUAUUCGCUACAAUUUCAAAAGAGAAGAAAUAGAGUUUCCCAUCAUCAGUCGAAUCAACAGUAUUUUCAAAAGAGCAACAAAUAAAUGGAAGGAUGAUGUGCAGUUGUGGCUGUCACAUGUGGCUUUCUGUAAGAAGUGGGCAACUAAAUCUCGAACCAGCAAAGUGUUUUCAGCCAUGCUCGCGAUCCACCCCGACAAACCAGCGCUGUGGAUCAUGGCUGCCAAAAGUGAGCUGGAGGAUCGUGACUCUUCAGAAAGUGCCAGACAUCUCUUCCUUCGGGCACUGCGCUUUCACCCCAACAACAAGAAGGUGUAUCAAGAGUACUUCCGCAUGGAGCUGUUGCACUGUGAGAAGCUGAGGAAGCAGAAGGAGGAGCUGGAAAAAGCCAAGAUCGAUUUGGGCGAUUAUGAGUUCUCUCCUGAAAUCCUGAAUGGGAAACUGGCUGAAGUUGUGUACAAAAACUCCACAGGAAAGAUUAAAGAGGCAGAGUUUGUCAUCUCACUUCUAAAUAUUGCAGCGAUUUUUGAUUUCACUAAAGAACUCCAGGACUCCAUUUUGCAAGACUUACAGACUAAUUACACUGGUGACUGUGUGACCUGGGAUUUCAUGGCAAAGAGAGAGUUAGAAGCUCCUGGGGCCGGGGAGGAACUUCAGUCUGCGAAAGGACGAGCCUCAGACGUAAACCGGAGAGAAGAACGCUGCUGCCAAGUCUAUGAGGAAGGAGUGAAGACUCUAAACACGGAGCCCAUGUGGACUUGUUAUGUGUCGUUCUGCUUGGAAAGACAAAAAAGGAAAACCAAUGUCCAGGAACUGAAAGAAAAGAGGCAAGAGAGACUGAUGGAUGUACUGCAGCGCGCCCAUGACAGUCAAGUGUUAAAAGAAAAUUACUACAAAAACUGGCUGCAGAUACUACUUUCAAACGGAGACGCCGAGGGAGCGGCCAGUGUUGCCAUGGCAGCAACACGGCAGUUUAGCCAGUCCGUGCCGACGUGGAGCUUGAGUCUUCAGAAACUCAUGCAGAUCGGGAGUAAGAAUGUGGACGCGCUUUUCCAGGAGGCGCUCACAAAGGUUAAUCCUAAGGACAGUCUUCCUCUGUGGCAGCUGCAGGUUCAGUGGAGUUUGUCCAAUCACGACGCUGAAGAGACCGAGGCUGUUUUCAAGCGUGGCCUUUUGUCUCCUGUCCCGACUGUUGCCAUGGAAAUGAAGGACGGCUUCCUCGAUUGGUCUUACUCCUCUGGGGGCUAUAAGAAAGCAAAGAAAACCUUUACCAGCUUACAAGAAAUCCGCCCUUUGUCCAAAAACUUCUUCACCAAAAUGAUUGAAAUAGAGAAAGAACAAGAAAUGCCAAAAAUAAACAACUUAAGAGACUAUUUUGAGAGAGCCCUGCAGGAGUUUGGCACCUCGGACGACGAUCUCUGGCUGCAGUACAUCCAGGAGGAGCUGGGACCACUGGGGCAGCCGGAAAACUGCUCCAAAAUCCACUGGAGAGCCAUGAAGUUCCUGGAGGGAGAAAGUGUGGAACGAUUCACCUCAAAGUACACGCUCCUACAGACCGGACACUUGUAACAGACGCUCGAGAACAAGGAUCAGAGUAACUUUACAGAGCUUAAGUUCACAUGAAUAUUUCUGUUUUUACUUUUGGACAAAUGUUCAGAGCUGCUGCUUUUGAACCGCAGCUUUUGCAUCUUAACAGUUUCAUCUAUUUUAAUAUGUUGUUUUGCUAAUAUGGAAGAAAUAAAUGAAUUCACAGCCAUGU